GAUAACAAGCAAUAACUUUUUUAGAAACAACUUUCUUCUUCGAUGGUCUUGCCUUCCCACAAGAGGCCCAAUUGCAAAAUAUUUUGGCAUUUUAGGAUUUUUGGGAAACUUGUUUUCUUCCUUUCUCUUUGUCUCCACCCACCUCUACAAAGGAGAAAAAACAGCUCACAGAGAAAGCCGUGCUUGCUUUUUCCCUGCAAAGCAACUGAGAAAAAUCAAAAGGGGGAGCGACCCAGCCUCAGAGUUUUGGGUGUAGUUGACACCAUGCCUCGGAUGUUGGCCUAUUCGGUGUUGGUGCUCUUUGUGGCAUUGCUGCUGGGAUCCUUGCCAACUCUUUCCCAGAGAGAAACCCGUCAUGGCAAAUUCCACCGGCAGCAUGUUGCUGCCAAUAGCGGAUUGGAUGCCCGGCUCUAUUGCAACCUGAUGAUGCAACAAAGAGGAAUGACGAACGUCAAGUGCAAACCUUCCAACACCUUCAUUCAUGGGGAAGCCACAGCAGUGGAUGCCAUCUGCAACAAUGGGGGGAUUUACUCAAGUGAUAAUUACUACAACAGCAUUAGUGCCUUUGAGCUCACCGUUUGCCGUUUGACAGGGGGAGGAACUACGCCUCCAAACUGUAACUACCGAGGCAGGUUUAGCACCCAGCGGGUCCAGGUUGCCUGUGUAAAUGGCCUGCCAGUGCAUUUCAAACAAGCUCUUUAGAAAUACCAUUGGCCAUGGUGGCUAGUUAGGGAUUAUAUAUCUUCUGCUGCUUUAGAAGCCAAGAGGAUUCCAAGUCCUAUUUUUAGUGCAAUGGUAUAUUUCAGUUACAAUUUGCUCUUUUUUCUCUCAUUUCUUUCUACCUGCCUUCUCUUCUCCUUUCAGUCUUCCUCUCCAACUGUUUUAGAUAAGCUGGGGAUGGGAACUGGGGACAUGGCUGACAGGAACUCUGGGGGGUGUAGUCCCAAUGCAAUUGUGGGGGAUCUGAGCUAUAGAAAGCCUGCAUUUGAACCUGGUGACCAAAAGAUGGCUGCAAAGUGAUAUAGAAAAUCUUCUGGGGAAUAUUAGGUGUUGUAGUUUACAUGUCUUAAAAUGGCCAGGUCUGAAAACUAGUCAGGUCUGAAUGUUUACUAUGAUCUAAUACAGUGGUUGCCAACCAGUGGGCCCGGGACCACUGGUGGUCUAUGAGAAAAUUUUGAUGGUCCACAGAGAAAUGUCACCCCCAAAACACCCCCCCAAGCUGC